CUCCUCUGAGCAAUCACAUGGGAGAUUCAAUCUCAAUCAUCCCUCACUCGCUCUGCCUACCGGAGUCACUUUCGCUGAAACAUGACAUCUCUUUAACUAAAAGUGUUCCUUGAGAAUGUGUCUAUUUUAAGGAAGUGUCUGCACCAGCACAGCACAACAUCUCAGGCUGUGACGAUGUGUAAACAGUGGGCACUUUGUGUUGUCUCGCGUGAGAUCUGAAACAAGCUGAUAUUUUCACCUGAUCGCGCUUCACGGGCUUCUUAGAGAUGAAGAGGAGAGACAAGCUGAAAAUCCCCUCCCUCACUUUGGAUUUGUCACCCAACCAGAGUCCCAUCAUCCUGAGUCCAUGCAGUCCAGGCAGCCCUUGCAGUCCUUUACAAUCCCUUCACCCCUGGAGCUGUCGCAACAGCAACAGAAAGAGCCUUGGGGUUGGAACGCCGUCGCCCACCCGCCCUCUUUCGCCUCUGUCCGCCCACACAGCUGCCAGCAGUCCUCUGGACAGCCCACGAAAUGUGUCCACUGCUGUUUGCUCUCUCAACUUCCCUUUCGCCCGCAGCCACCUGGCUCGAGCCGACAGAGCGGAAGGGAGACGGUGGUCUCUGGCUUCACUUCCAUCCUCCGGUUAUGGGACCAACCCUCCCAGCUCAACCGUAUCAUCAUCAUCUUCAUCACAGGAACGACUGCACCAGCUUCCAUACCAACCCACACAGGACGAGCUUCAUUUCCUGUUCAAACACUUCCGAAGUUCGGAGAGCAUGACUGAUGAAGACGGGCGGCCCUCCCCGUUUAUACGACCCCGGUCACGUAGCCUUAGCCCUGGACGAACUGGCGGCUCUUUUGAUAAUGAAAUUAUAAUGAUGAACCAUGUCUAUAAGGAGCGUUUUCCAAAGGCCACCGCUCAGAUGGAGGAGCGUUUGUUGGAUGUCAUCAGGCAGUUUUCUCCAGACAGCACCCUACCGCUGGGAGACGGAGUCCUGGGAUUUAUCCAGCACCAGUUGGUGGAGUUGGCCAGGGACUGUCUGGAUAAAUCCCAGAAGGGCAUGAUCACAUCCCUGUACUUCAUAGAGCUGCAGGAUAAACUGGAUAAAAUGCUGCAUGAGGCUCUGGAGCGCUCUGAGAGUGAGGAGGUUUCAGUGAUCACCCAGCUGGUGAAGAAGAUCCUCAUCAUCAUAUCACGCCCGGCACGACUGCUGGAGUGUCUGGAGUUUGACCCUGAGGAGUUUUACCAUCUACUAGAGGCUGCAGAAGGUCACGCCAAAGUCGGCCAGGGCAUCAAAACGGAUAUUCCCCGCUAUAUAAUCAACCAACUUGGACUUAACCGUGAUCCCCUUGAUGAAGUUGUGCAGCUCGAGGAGCAGUAUGACUCUGGCCCCACACUGACAGUCGAUUCUGAAGAAUCCGCAGAACAGAAUAAAUCUUUACCCACACCGCUGCGAAGAAAACCACUGGAGAGUGAUUUUGAGACUAUUAAACUCAUCAGCAAUGGGGCUUACGGGACUGUGUAUCUGGUGAGGCAUAAAGAAACUCGACAACGUUUUGCGAUGAAAAAGAUCAACCGACAAAACCUGAUCCUGCGGAACCAGAUCCAGCAGGUGUUUGUGGAGCGAGACAUCCUGACGUUUGCAGAGAAUCCCUUUGUGGUCAGCAUGUUCUGCUCCUUCGAGACCCGCAGACAUCUGUGCAUGGUCAUGGAGUACGUGGAAGGUGGCGACUGUGCCACUCUGUUAAAGAACAUGGGCCCACUUCCUGUGGAUAUGACCAGGAUGUACUUUGCGGAGACGGUUCUGGCGCUGGAGUACCUGCACAGUUACGGCAUUGUGCACAGAGAUCUCAAACCAGACAACCUCUUGAUUACUUCAAUGGGACAUAUUAAACUGACUGACUUUGGGCUCUCCAAAAUCGGCCUCAUGAACAUGACAACCAAUCUGUACGAGGGCCACAUUGAGAAAGACACUAGGGAGUUCAUCGAUAAGCAGGUUUGUGGCACCCCGGAGUACAUUGCUCCAGAAGUGAUCUUGCGGCAGGGCUACGGGAAGCCUGUCGACUGGUGGGCCAUGGGCAUCAUCCUGUACGAGUUUCUGGUGGGAUGUGUGCCGUUCUUCGGAGACACAACGGAAGAGCUUUUUGGACAGGUUGUCAGUGAUGAGAUUAUCUGGCCAGAUGGAGAUGAUGCCCUUCCUGUAGACACCCAGGACUUGAUCACACGAUUACUGAACCAAAACCCACAGGAGAGGCUUGGAAGAGGUGGGGCUUCAGAAGUGAAGCAGCAUAUGUUCUUCAGCGGUCUGGACUGGAACGGACUCCUGCGUCAGAAAGCUGAAUUCAUCCCUCAGCUGGAGGCCGAAGACGACACUAGUUAUUUUGACACUCGAUCUGAACGCUACCAUCAUUUGGCCUCUGAUGAGGAUGAUGAAACUAAUGAUGAAGAGUCUUCCUUAGAAAUACGACGCUUUUCCUCUUGGUCAAAUCGUUUCAGCAAGGUGUACAGUAGCACAGAGCACCUGGCCACCCCAUCCAACCUGAGUUUCUCCUCCGACCGCAGUCACAGUGAAGAGAUAGAGGAUGGGAGGGACACUCACUCACAUGCAGAGAUCCAGCGGCAGGCCUCCACUGGAGACAAGAGGCUCUCGGCUCAGAGGGCAAGUCUGCGCCCUCGCACUUCUUCCAGCUCCUCUCAGCCUGAGCGAGCUGUGAGCCCCCUAGUGGUGAGCAGCACACACAGCCUGGAGGCCAUGCCACGAUUCGCCCUCUCCACAGACGAUGAGGCUGAAGUUGUCGUGUCCAACCUGCGACGAAUCAGACUACGUAGCAACAGCACAGGAACGAAACACUCGUCACCAAGGGAACAAGGGAGUCCUCAGUGCUUUGGAAACCAGCUGGAGACACCCGACAGGCAGCGGCUCUCACCAGGGCGCAAAGUCCCCAAGUCUGCAUCAGUGUCCACCCUCUCGCUCAUCAUCACGCCAGAUGACGGGAGUGUCAGCCUGCAGGCGCACUCUAUUUCCCCUCGAUCAUUUUCCUCUAAUCCAUCAUCCCGAGACUCCUCCCCCAACCGAGACCUGUCACUCAGCAUCAGCAGGCUCCGCCCCCCCAUCGUCAUCCACAGCUCUGGGAAGAAAUACGGCUUCACCCUGCAGACCAUUCGAGUGUACAUGGGGACCAGCGACAUCUACACCAUACACCACAUGGUCUCGGGCGUGGAGGAGAGCAGCCCUGCCCAUGAGGCUGGACUGCGAGCAGGUGAUCUGAUCACUCAUGUGAAUGGAGAGUCUGUGCAGGGUCUAGUGCACACAGAGAUGAUGGAGCUGCUUUUGAAGAGCGGUAAUCAGGUGACCCUGCAGACUAUCGCACUGGAGGACACAUCUAUAAAGAUUGGGCCGGCACGCAAGCGCAGCUGUAAAGGAAAGAUGGCCCGUCGCAGUAAGAGGAGCAAAUGGAAGGACAGUCAGGACCGGAGGCGCAGCAUGCUGAAGAAGCUGUCCAAACAGAGCACCGUCAUGCACAGCAGCCGCAGUUUCUCCUCCGGCCUGCAUCACUCUGUGUCCUCCAGCGAGAGUCUGCCAGGCUCUCCCACCCACAGCCUUUCCUCUGGCCCCACAACACCCUGCCGGAGCCCCGUUCCCGACCACACCGCUGACGCCAGCCUGCCCCAGAACGCCUCUCCAUGCUCCAGCUCUCCGAGUUCACCGGCAGUCCAGAUGCGGCCCAGCUCUCUGCACGGCCUCGGCUCUAAACUUAGCAACCAGCGUUACACUAAAGUGGGGAGACGGAAGUCCACCAGCAGUAUCCCGCCCUCGCCUCUGGCCUGCACCUCCUCGCCACAGGCCCUGUCCCCUCAGCGCUCCCCCUCUCCCUUACCCAGCAUCUCCAAAACCCUCCACUCCUUCCACGGCAAGACCCUCUCACCCCCCACCAUCAUUCGGCAUGUGGUCCGACCCCGGAGUGCAGAACCUCCACGUUCCCCUCUGCUAAAGAGAGUCCAGUCUGCAGAGAAACUCUCAGGGGCUUUGUUUGCGGACAAAAAGCCCCAUGCAGCCCGCAGACACACGCUGGAGGUCCCGCACUGCGAGGUGGACAUCCCGGGAGACGCAGAGGCGGAGGGGGCCUGUGGUGCGACAUAUACAGCGGAUCACGGCAGGCUGGGCGGGUACCUGUGCGCCCAGAGAUUGCGGGACUGGCCCGGGGAGCGCAUGGAGCAAAUCGUCGUAAUGCGCAAACUGAAUCUCUCCGAACGUCGUGAUUCCUUCAAGAAACAAGAAGCUGUGCAGGAAGUGAGCUUUGACGAGCCUGAUGACAGGGCUCCUCAGAUACCCGCUCAGUCGGCCACGUCCGCUGGCGCACGGCCCAAGCAGAUGAUGGGCGAAACGCAGUCGGAGGAGGAGUGCGUGGCGAGGAGGAAUCCGCUGGUUCCCCAAAUCGCCGUGCAGGGAUCAGAGAGUGAGGAAGCAGAUGACUGGAGGCUUUGCUCAGAUGAAGAUGAGGAAGAGGUUGAGGAAAAUGUGUCUCAGAAUCAGAGUGAACCUCGGGCCGAAAAAGACGGCCCACUCUCCUCAGCAGAUGCACACGAAGCCGCCGAGACAAUCGCAGAUGCAGCAGAGCCGGAAAAGCAUCAGAGUCCAGAAAAAAGCAAACUGAAAGAGAGAUAAACGACUGAAGACUGUUACAUAUCCACAGGCUUCUCAACCCAACCGCUGAGAUGUUUGUUGCCACGCAGAAUUCAAACAAUUACCGAGUGGAGUAUUUUAUUAGCGUGUAAAUGGAAGUAAGCUAGUCUUAUACAGGGAAUAUUUAUGCUUUUUUAUUUAUCGUUUACACUGGAGACGUACUGUUGGCCAAAAAGAGAACUUAAAGGUUGCUAGUACAUUUUUCUCACCUUCUGUGAACCUGUUGAGGGAAAUUGAAUGACUUGAUUUUUCUAUGAAAAUGUGCAAAUGCUUUGAAUUCAUUUCAUCCUCCAAGAGCUUUUCAUUUUUGCACCGACUUUGUGUGCGAUUUUAAAAGCUACAAGUUCAAAUGGUAUUUGAAUGGAAUUGUCAUGUGGCCCGUUUCAUGUUUAUUUCACAAUCUCAAAAGGGUUUCCAGAGCGUUUUGAAAUGAUGCGUGCAAAGAAAAAGAAAAAAAAGACUUGCUUUGCGCUGAACAUUUGGGCUUCAACUGUAGAAACCCUAGAAGUAACUUGACAUGUCGUACAUGUUGGUCAGUGUGUCCAAAAAACUAUAUUCAUGCAUCAAACCAAGUGCACAUUUUUUCUUCUUCUUCUUCUUUUUAAAGAUGAAUUUAGAUUUAAAAUAUUUUAAAUUAAAGGGAUAGUUCACCAAAAAAUGAAAAUUCUGUCUUUUACUCUCCCUCAAAAAUUUCCUGAAGAAUUUUUGAAGAAGGUCCCCAUUAAAUUUUUUUUGCUGCAUGAUGACAAUUGAGAUCAGUGGGUACCAACAACUCUUUAGUUACCUGAAAUCUUCAAAAUAUCAUCUUUUAUGUUCAACAGAAGAAAGGUUUGGAACUACAUGAGGGGUUUUAAUUUUUAGGUAUAAUGUCCCUUCAAAUCCCUUCCCUGACACUCUGUGCUUCGUAAUUAAGAUAAAAUUACUUUUUUUGAAUUUAUAAAAUGAAUUUUUUUUAGCAUCCAAAAUCCAGUCAUUAUCCAUUCAAUUCUAAAGUAAAUUUUCACAGAGUUCCCACAAUUAUUUUUUGCAUGUCUUUAAUUUUCCUUAAAUAUUCUUCCCAUGCACUUUUUUUUUUCUUUUCCACGCAGCUUUGCAUGUUCCAUCUAAAUUAUCUGUCAAAUGUUCACAGGUGCUAAUGGACACCUCUGAAAUAUUCUAAGAAACAGUAAAGCAUAUAGUCACACACCUCAUGCUAACUGGAACUCAUGUGUGCACAGAUCACUGCGUAACAGAGCACGUUAUCACAAGUUUUCCAUGCACUGUUGGCCUGUCGGGAGUCCUCACAAGCUUUUGUACUUGGAAUAAUGUUUACAUUUUUAUAUAUUUGGAUUUCUACUGUGCAAAGGGAUCUGUAUGGCCUGUUUUGAACUUGAUUACAAAUGUGUGCAGAACUGAAGUUGGUGGGUGGAGGCUUUAGCUGGAUUAUGGUUUUAAAGUUCGUUGUGAUGUCAUUGCUAAUAGGCAGAUCUUGCCAACGUUGCACAUGUCAGACUGGAUGUUUUUGUGUUCAUAUGCAUGACUCUCUCUCAAAACGCUUUUUCUAAGUUGAAUAUGUCAUUAUUUGAAUCUAAUGGGACAGUGUUUUAUUGCAUGAAGGUGCAGCAGUCAUUUGGAUGUUGUCAGUCAGUCAGGAUAGCACAUGUCUGACAAGUUCAACAUUUCUGUUAUAUUUUUGAAGUUUAUUGUUAAUUGUGACCUCUUUGUAACUUUUUUGCAUCAAGCUACUGAAAUCGUAAGCACUCUGUAUAAGACAAAUUUGUGUCAAUUUUAAUAGGCUGUAUUUUCUGCCUAACAGCCGACUGAUUGCAUGCUGCAUGAAUACACAGUACACACUGGUAUGGCAUCCUCAGUGUAAUAUGUUCAAUGGUCAAGUAUAGCCAAGCCUUUGAAUUACAGUAAUGUUAUUAAAAGCUUCAUGUUAUACAGAGCCUGUUGUGACAUUUUAUCCCUCUGUGAUCACAGACUUUAGUGGAUGAAGUGUUUGUUGUGUGGAUCGUGUUCAGAUGAGACGCCGGGUCACUAUCUGCCCUUACAUUCACACUAGAGCUUAACAGCACUGGAAAUGCAUCAUCUAUAUAUCCUGAUGUGCUGAUGGUUUCUUCCAUUUUUCCAGAAUUGUCAAGAAUUCUUGAUUAUUGGUAUGUGUUUGUAAAACAAACAAAAAAAAUACUUUUUAUAAAUAUUUUUUUAAUGUUAUAACUGUCUGAUGUUUUGUAAUAAAUCAUUCACUGGUUAAGAGGGAAUAUCACUGACUUUUGUUUUUCUUUAAAAAGAGUGUUUUCUAUACAAACAAUAUCAAAUAAAAUAGUAUUUGGAGACUGAAAGACACUGAAAUAAGCAGGUUACUUGUACUUCCAACAACAGCUUGUAAGACGCAGCCAACAAAUGCACUGAGCAGCGCUGCCAUCGGAAAUCACCCUUAACAGAUGAAAGGAUAGUACGACAAAGAUAUCGCUUUCCUCAGCAAACAUUCAAACUAAUGUUUUAUGCUGAAUUUGAGAUUGAGCUGAAGAAUGAAUGCUGUAUCAGAUGCAGGUCAUCACACUUGCUCAGUCAAUCUCUCUCUCAUAAUACUUUUAACUUCGGUGUUCUUUUGUUGCUAGUUCUAAAGUGAUGUUUUUGAUUAUUCUGUUGUAAUAAAGGAAAAAUACCAAAAAUAAAUCUUUAAAAAAAAAAUAUCCAAAAACUACUUGCAGCGUGUGAUAUAUUUCAUGAGGUUGUGUACUUGCGUUAUCCCAAGGAUUUGUAAAUCCAGAGAAAUUCCAGUUUUAAAUAAUGACUCGUCCCUGAUCAUUGUUGCCUAUCGAUGAUGUAAUAUCCGUACUGUCGCAAAUACAAUGAAAAUGAAAUGAAAAGUGUUGACUGCAGCAUUAAAUUUAAAGAUGGCUACGUGCUUGUUUCUCUGGCAAAAAUGGUCUGUAGUAGAAAAAGGGUUUUAAUAUUAUUAAAAUGUUCUCCACACUAACAAAAAAAAAUAUUCUUUUUAGAACUGAUUACCUAAAGGUGCUCUGGGGAACCAAAGAUGGUUCUUCAAUGGCCCUUUUGGAAUCUUUAUUUAAGAGUGUUAAUGUUCCCAUGUGGCUAUUGGCCUACACACAUGCUUAAAGAGAGAGAGAGAGACACAAAUAUCUGGAAUUUCUACUUGUUGGAUCAUUUGGUUAGUUUACCAGAUUCACAUCUGUCAAUGUUUAACCUGACUUGUCACGUUGUUUGCUUUUGUAUGGAGAAAACCGUGUACUUUGGCACUGUCCGCUGGCCAUUUCAAAACAUCUGGUCUGAGUUCCACUGCACGAGUCCUCUUUCAUGUUUUGACCUACUAAGAAGAGCAGAAUAAAGCAUUUAAGCAUGGGAAAUCAUCCCUGCACCCCAUCUCCAGCAACUAUAGACACUAUUUACAGGGUUGCCCAGGACAGUGGGAUCAUCCCUGACAUCACUCUUGAUGGGACAGUGGCAAACCUCCUGUCCCUUAAUUCCAGCACCGCGCUCAACCUGCAGUACACGGCCGUCCAGCAAAACUUCACCACAGAACAGCUGGCAGCUUUAGACACCAACCUCACCUCUAUUUUCAGACAGAGCACAAACGUAUCUUACGGAGGCGUGGCAGUUGUGGCACUUGCUUUAUCUUUCCUGCUUGAAGCUCCUGUAUCCAGUAUUGUUAGUCAAACGGAUGGUUUGAGCACAGACCCAUUUAAGAAGCCAUUUGGAUUGGAUAACUCUUCGGAAAUAGGCAGCAUUGCGAGCGAAUACCUCAAACUGGUGUCUAAGAGGGGCCAAUGACAUUGACGAAAUGGGAGAAAUAACUGAACUCUAUGACCAGAAGCUGAAGUAUGCUCUGAUCGAGCUCUACGAGAGAAUGACUGUGGAUCAUCAGCUGAACACGAAUAAUAUAAAGCAGUGGAUCAAUGGAGCAGCAAUCCACCUGCACAUGAGGAUUCAUGGUAUUCGUUUGGCAUCCGUUCCUAAAGGCACGGCCGAAUCACUGCGUUUGUCGUACCGAACGGGGUUGGGGAGGUUAAUGCAGCUCUACACGGCUUACUUGACGCAGCACGUAAGAGAACGGUCCACCACAAAAAGGUCCUCCGAUGGUAAAGGCGGGAUUCUUAAUCAUUGAACCCGUUAAGAAGGUCAGACACCGCGUGGUCCAUAACACCUGCCAAUCAGGCUAUUGCCUCGGCGGUCGUGGCCCGAAUUUUAUCUGCACAGAAUAUUGGAAAGAUAGAACGAUUUUUCGAUGAAGCUGGUCAAAUCUUAGACAGCUUGCUUCAACAGAGAGAAACUUUUGAACUUCACAGACGCCGGCGAAUGAAAUCUUAACCGGAUGUGACUUAUUCUGAGGUGAUUUAUUGAGCUGCUUUUUCUAAUACUUCAUAUACUUUAAGCACAAUACAUUCUUAAACUACACAACUAAACUACUUAAAUGUCUGCUAUUUUUGUUUGUAAGUUUAAAUAUUGCCAUAUUCUAUCUAUGCUAAGUGCUGCAUGUAUUAGCAUUAUUUAAUGAAUGAGCAUACUGUUAAUAAAUAAAACCAGUAUCUUGGUGUUGUGUUAUGCAGUUGUGUGUGUGACACUAAAACACACACAUACACACUCAUAUUAUGUACAUAUAUGUAUAUAACUGGGACUUAUCACAUCACUUACAUAUUGUUGCUCUUUUGUUGGCAGCCCUAAUAAACACCCCUUGUGCAUCAAA